ACCAUCGGCUCUCUCUUUAUCCAGAAGCCCCCACGAACGAAAACCCCUUCUAUGUGGCACCGAAAGACCCAGUGAUGCGCAUGCGCCGCAAAAUGACGUCAACACUUUUGCUCAUCUGCUGGAAGCUUCCCUGGACCGAGCUACGGAUUGUGAGUCUGACAAAGAGGGAAAGAAUUGGAUCUAUCGCGAGGUACAAGACCACAGUGUGUCCGGAGGUCACAGUAAUUCGCCCUCAGUCACAGUUCGGUCGCCCGUGCCCUGAGUAGUGCUCUUACCUGCAGCCGAACCCGCUGAGACUCACGUCCUCUGAGCACUAUUCGCCGCCCGUUACCAGACGAUCAAAUGCGCAUGCGCAAAGGACGCAGCCAGUUCCGGAAAAUCGCGCAUGCGCGCGCAGACCGAGAAGGAUUUCAGUAGCAGCUGUGCGGACCAACCAUUGGUGUGAGCAGAAAAUCUUUACACGGCCUGAAAAUAGCACAGUACUUUAAAUUAAAAUCAUAAGAAAUCCAGCUGUGUAGCAACAAAGGCCAUCUGUCUGGGAGCAUUUCAAUAACUAUGUGGCCAGACACACACGCAUCUCACAGGGAACAGCAAAUAAUACGAAUGGAAGGAAUGAAACUGAGCCAAGCCACAGACUGAAGAUGGGCAGAAGUGUCUCGGUCAUAUAGUUAAAAUGACUUUUUCAGGCGGCUGGGAAUUGGAAGGUUUGGACCAGAAGGUCAUUUAUAAAAAUCACAAAGAGGAGUGGUCCCAGAACAGAUCCCUGUGGAGCAGCACUGGUCACUGACCAUGCAGAAUACGUACCAUCUACAACCACCCUUUGCCUUCUGUGGACAAGCCAAUUCUGGAUCCACAAAGCAAGGUUAGAAACAGGGAAAAGGUUUGUGUAUGGUAAUCUCAAAAACGACAACACGUCAGUUUUGCUGUGUUUAAGGAGUGACCAGAUAUUUUCUUUGUGACACCAGAUGUUGAUCCUUGGUGAUGAAGAAGUAUCUCACCCCAGAUGGAAAUGUCUUUUGUGUCUGAGAUGAAGUUUACUGUUGUAACUCAGUGAAAUCCACUGAAACCCGAGAGCUGAGAACACACCAGCAUUUGUUCACUAGUGAUCAUUUCUUCAACUGCACUGAUUGUAUGAGGGAUUCACAACGUCCGACAUCUGACUUGAUGAAUUGAGUGAGAACUAGGGGAAGAGAUUCACUCACUCAUUUUACCUGCAGACACAUCAGCAAGUUCACACUGACAGGCUGUUCACCUGCUCAGUCUGUGGGAAACGAUUCACUUGGUCAUCCAGCCUCCAGACACACCAGUCAGUUCACACUGGGGAGAUGUCGUUCACGUGCUUUGAUUGUGGGAAGGAAUUCACUCGGUCAUCCGACCUACUGGCACAUCAGUCAAUUCAUACUGGGGAGAUGCCAUUCACCUGCUGUGACUGUGGAAAAGGAUUCACUCAGUCAUCCAACCUCCGGAGACACCAACGAGUUCACACUGGAGAGCGGCUGUUCACCUGCUCAGACUGUGGGAAGGGAUUCACUUGGUCAUUUGAACUGAAGGUACACCAGCGAGUUCACACAGGGGAAUGGCGGUUCACCUGCUCAGACUGUGGGAAGGGGUUCAGUCAGUCAUAUGACCUACUGACACACCAAUCAGUUCACACUGGGGAGUGGCCAUUCACCUGCUCAGACUGUGGGAAGGGGUUUACUCAGUCAUCUAAACUGAAGAUACAUCAACGAAUUCACACUGGGGAGAGGCCAUUCACCUGUUCAGACUGUGGAAAGGGAUUUGCUCACUCAUCUGACCUACAGACACACCAGCGAUAUCACACUGGGGAGAGGCCGUUUACCUGCUCAGACUGUGGGAAGGGGUUUACUCGGUCAUCUGAACUGAAGGUACAUCAGCGAAUUCACACUGGAGAGAGGCCAUUCAUCUGCUCUGAAUGUGGGAAGAGGUUCACUCGUUCGUCCAACCUACAGAUGCACCAGCAAGUCCACACUGGGGAGAGGCCAUUCUCUUGCUCUGAAUGUGGGAAGGGAUUCACUCGGUCAUCUCAACUGACAGUACAUCAGCGAAUUCACUCUGGGGAGAGGCCAUACACCUGUUCAGACUGUGGGAAGGGAUUCAUUGACUCGUCCAGCCUACAGACACACCAGCGAGUUCACACUGGGGAGAGGCCUUUCACCUGCUCAGACUGUGGGAAGGGGUUUACCCGGUCAUCUCAAAUGAAAGUACAUCAGCGAAUUCACACCGGGGAGAAACCGUUCUCCUGCUCUGAAUGUGGGAAGAGAUUUAAUCGUUCAUCCAACCUACAGACUCAUCAGCAGGUCCACACUGGGGAGAGGCCAUUCUCCUGCUCUGAAUGUGGAAAGAGAUUCAGUCGGUCAUCCACCCUACAGAGACACCAGGAAGUUCACACUGGAGAGAGGAACUUCGUCUGAUCUGAAUGUCGGAAGAGAUUCACUUGGUCAUCUAACCUUGUGGUACUACGGAGUUCACACUGGGGAAACAGUUUAAAUGAACUGCUUGAUAGAUAUUUAACCAUCAUGGUUGCUGAAUCCAAAGUUCAGUUCAAAGUGACCAUUGGUAUUGAACUCUAUUUAUUGCUGUUGUUCUUCACCCUGGUCACUGGACUUGGGAGGAGUUUCUUCUGCUGACUUUCACCAUUUAGAUCUGUUGCAAAUAAAUCAGUUCUAUUUUAAACUCUGUCUUGGGUACUUAUUGAAUUUACAACACACAGAGUGUACAGUAGGGUGUCACCUCAGCCCAGCUGGUCCCUGCCAGUGUUCCUGUGCCACGACAGUCCUUUUAAAUUCAUCCUUGUUGUUGACCUAUCUCACUGCCUGUGGUCAUGGAUUCUGAACAGUUAUCACUCUGUGGGUGAAGAGUUUUCCCUUGAAUUUACUGCCUGACUUUCUGUUGCCUUUGCUUGUGCCUGUGCAGGUGACAUCCUUGAUGACUAUGUAUAAUGAGCAACUUGAAACUACUCACCCUUUCAACUGCAGUCCCAUUGUUGUUAAUCAAUGUGAGUCUGACUCUGUACCUCCUGUAAUCCAAUUAACUUUUUUGUUUUUUGGACAUUGAGGGAGAGGUUACGUUAUGUUGGUACCACUGUGUCAGGGUGUUAACCUGUCCUCUGUCGGCUGCCUCAUCACUACUAGAAAUAAGGCCAAUCAAUGUUGUGUUAUCUGCAAAUUUGAUCAGCAGAUUGGAGCUGCAUGUGGCAGCACAGUCGUGUAUAAAGGGAGGGGACUCAGGAUACAACCCUGAGGGGCCACCUGUGUUGAGGGUCAGAGGGGCAGAGGUGAGGGAGCCCAUCCUUACCACCUGUUGGCGAUCCAGUGGGAAGUCCGGAAUCCAGCUGCACAAGGCGGGGUGCAGGUCAGGGUCUCUGAGCUUCCUGUCAAGUCUGGAGGGAACUAUGGUGUUGAAUGCUGAAUUGUAGUUCAGGAACAGCAUUUUAACAUAUGCAUUCCUCUUCUCCAGGUGUUUGAAGACAGUGUGUAGUAGUGUAGCUUUGGCAUCAUUGGUAGACCAUUUCCUUCGGUAGGCGAAUUAUAGGGGUCCAAUGUGGGUGGUAGCAUGCUGCAGAUGUAAUCAUUAACCAGCUUCUCAAAGCAUUUGCUUAUAAUUGAGGUGAGUGAGACAGGAUGCCAAUCAUUCAGGCAUGCUACCUUGGUUUUUUUAGGUACAGAGACAAUGAUGGACGAUUUGAAACAGGAGGGCACUACACACUGGGAGAGGGAGAGAUUAAGAAUGUCCAUAAACACAGCAGCUGUUCUGCACACACUUUGAGGACCUGCAGCUGUUGACAGGUUGGAAUGUUCUACGUACCUCAGCCACAGAGAUGACCAAGGAGCAGGUCUCAUCGCCGGCUCUCCUCGGGUUCAGUCUUAUUAGCCGUGAAUCAAGUGUAAAAAACAUCUAGCAUGUCCAGGGUGAGGCAGCAAUGUUGGCUGUACUGCUGUGUUUCCCCUUGAAGUCUGCGAUGCUGUACACUGCAUGUGUCAUUGUCACAGAGUUGUGACUGGAGUUUGUCACUUUGUUGGAGAGGGAGGGAAAGAGAGAGAGAGAGAGAUCAUCCAGGAUAUAAUCCAGAGGCCGUUCUUUCGCAGAGCCCUCAGUGCUGUCAAGGAGCCCAUCCAUCCGUCCCAUAAUCUGUACCAUCAGUAUGAAGGCACCGCAGUAUAAGAACAAGGUCUGUUAGGCUGGGUACAAGCUUCUUUCCCCAGGCUGUGAGGCCUAUGAACACCCUGCUACCACCUAGAACACAUUAUUGGUGACAAAACCAGUAGGACUAUACUGUUGCUGCGUUCACCAGCAGUUUUUGCGUGUGUUGCUUGAAUUUUCCAGCAUCUGCAGAUUUCCUCAUGUUUGAGGAUUAUACUAUUGUAUAUUUAACUGUACGCCAUUUUUGCACUUUAUAUCAAAUUGUAUAUCUACAGAAUAUUUUUUAUCUGUUAAUAUUAUUCUGUUAAUUCUAUUUUUAUGUAUUGUAUGUGAUACAUUUACUGUGUUUUGUGCCUUGUAUGUUCCCUGUGGACGUUCGUUAUCGAAUUCAUUGUCGUUGGCAGUGUCGUGUUACAAAGUAAACAGAAUUCAAAACACUAUUUUAUGCAUGGGGUGUCCGUCUUUUAGGUAUAGGAGAUAUCUAAUAACCUGGCCACUGAAUGCAUGUUCAUGAUCUUCUGCUGCUGCCAAUCUACUUCAAGAUUUGACAAGGUGACCUGAUAGAGGUGUAUAAGAUAAUGAGAGGCAUUGAUUGUGUGGAUAGUCAGAAGCUUUUUCCCAGGCCUGAAAUGGUUGCCACAAGAGGGCACAGGUUUAAGGUGCUGGGGAAUAGGUACAGAGGAGAUGUCAAGGGUAAGUUUUA